UUACGGACCGCGGCAAUCUUUACGCCGCUUACGUUGAAAGUUGCGGAACCUGACGCUAGACCACUGACCAAAACAAACUGUGUACUCAGCUGGAGUCGGUUUUACUUGACAGCCGUCGUUGAAAACAAUUUGUGGAUUGAACAUGAACUUGGAAUCUGUGUCGCUGGUACAUUGAGUUUUCUCAUCAUGAACAACUCACCUUUCUAUCAAGCACUGUCGUCUGAACUGGCUUCCGAAAGCACUAUGCUGGAGUUCAAGCUACAGAAGAUUGAUUUGGGCAGAUCUCAGCAUAGUUUGACGGAGCGACCCCCCUACAGAAACCAGCAGCACACUCAGAAAGCAUUUGAUACCUUGAAUAUAUUGAGAAAGCAGAACCUCCUGUGUGACGUAACUCUUGUGGCUGGAGCCACAGAGGUGUCCGCCCAUAAAACAGUGUUGGCAUCCUGCAGCCCCUAUUUCUAUGCCAUGUUUACGGGGUUCACGGAGAGUAGAGCUAACAAGAUCACGCUUCAGGGUCUGGACGGGACAGCACUGGCUUUGCUCAUUGAAUAUGUCUACUCAGCUGAGAUACAGGUUACUGAGGAUAAUGUGCAGAGCCUGUUACCUGCUGCUAACUUGUUACAGUUGAGCGAUGUCCAAGAAGCUUGCUGCGAGUUUCUGCAGGCGCAGCUACACCCAUCGAACUGCCUCGGCAUUCGGGCAUUUGCAGAUCUCCAUGGUUGUCUUGACCUUUUGUCACACUGUGAUACCUAUAUUGAGCAGCACUUUGUGGAAGUGACUGAGAAUGAGGAAUUUCUUGCCCUUCCUGCAAAUCAAGUGGCUCAUCUCAUUUCUAGUGACAGACUGUCAGUUCCUUCUGAGGAGCAGGUCUUCGAGGCUGUGAUGAACUGGGUGAACCAGGACUUGGCUAACCGGGAGUCACAGCUGGGCACUCUGAUGGAGCAUGUGCGGCUUCCACUUCUAUCUCAAGAGUAUCUGGUGCAGCGUGUGGAGGAAGAGCCUUUACUGAAGGGAAACUUACCGUGCAAGGACUUCCUCAUUGAGGCCAUGAAGUACCAUCUUUUGCGGGCUGAUCAGAAAGCACUCUAUGCUACACCACGUACCAAGCCCCGAACGCCCAUUGGACGGCCUAAGAUGCUGCUUGUGGUGGGUGGCCAGGCUCCGAAGGCCAUUCGCAGUGUGGAAUGCCUAGACUUGCAACGUGAACGCUGGCUGCAGCUGGCUGAGCUCCCCAGCCGUCGAUGCCGUGCAGGCCUAGCUCUUCUCGAUGGACGUGUGUUCACAGUUGGUGGUUUUAAUGGCUCACUACGUGUGCGCACGGUCGAGAUCUAUGACCCUGCAAGAGAUCAGUGGAGCCAGGCACCUAGUAUGGACGCUCGAAGAAGUACAUUAGGUGUGGCAGUUCUGAACAACCAGAUCUACGCUGUUGGUGGCUUUGAUGGUUCCACGGGACUGAACAGUGCUGAACGAUAUGACCCGCAUACAGAAGAAUGGUCAGCAAUUGCAGCUAUGAGCACUCGUCGAAGUAGUGUGGGAGUGGGUGUUUUGAAUGGCCUCCUCUAUGCUGUUGGUGGAUAUGAUGGUGCAUCACGACAAUGCUUAAGUUCAGUUGAGCGUUAUGACCCAAAAGAAGAGGAGUGGUCCCUUGUAGCUGAUAUGUCUGCAAGGCGCAGUGGCGCUGGUGUUGGAGUCCUGGAAGGAGUGCUUUAUGCUGUGGGAGGACAUGAUGGACCCUUGGUGCGCAAAAGCGUUGAGUGUUACCAUCCUGACACUAAUUCCUGGUCCCAUGUGCCAGACAUGGCCCUGGCCAGGCGAAAUGCAGGUGUCGUGGCAAUGGAUGGUCUGCUCUAUGUUGUGGGUGGUGAUGAUGGAUCAUCCAACCUUUCUUCUGUAGAAGUCUACAACCCAAAGACCAAAGCCUGGAACAUCCUGAGCACAUUCAUGACCAUCGGUCGUAGCUAUGCUGGAGUGACAAUCAUCGACAGGCCCCUUUGAAUACCAGAUUGUCACCUGAAGUUGUGGUUAGACCACAGGAGUAAGUGUGCAGUUUGAUGUGCAGCAACAGUCACUGUCCUGAAGAAGGCUACCCUAAACAGGGCUUUCUUUCUAUAUGGUUCCAGUGAUAAGUGGCCUAGCCUUCUGAGCGAGGGCUGUUCAGUGUUAUUACGUACUUUCAUCCCAAAAGCACAGAAUGUGAAUGCAUAAGACAGUAUGUACAUUAUUAGCAAUCUAUUUGAAGGCACUGUCAUUUACUUGUGGCAAUAGUCUUUCAAAACACUUUUAUGUGUG